AUGCUGACCCGCCUGUUCAGCGAGCCCGGUCUCCUCUCGGACGUGCCCAAGUUCGCCAGCUGGGGCGACGGAGACGAGGACGAGCCGAGGAGCGACAAGGGCGACGCGCCGCCGCCGCCGCCGCCGCCUCCGGGGCCCGGGGCUCCGGGGCCCGCCCGGGCUGCCAAGCCAGUCCCUCUCCGUGCAGACGAGGUGCCGGAGGCCGCCCUGGCCGAGGUCAAGGAGGAAGGCGAGCUGGGGGGCGAGGAGGAGGAGGAAGAGGAGGAGGAGGAAGGGCUGGACGAGGCAGAGGGCGAGCGGCCCAAGAAGCGCGGGCCCAAGAAGCGCAAGAUGACCAAGGCGCGCCUGGAGCGCUCCAAGCUGCGGCGGCAGAAGGCGAACGCGCGGGAGCGCAACCGCAUGCACGACCUGAACGCGGCGCUGGACAACCUGCGGAAGGUGGUGCCCUGCUACUCCAAGACACAGAAGCUGUCCAAGAUCGAGACGCUGCGCCUAGCCAAGAACUACAUCUGGGCGCUCUCGGAGAUCCUGCGCUCCGGCAAGCGGCCCGACCUGGUGUCCUACGUGCAGACGCUGUGCAAGGGUCUGUCGCAGCCCACCACCAACCUGGUGGCCGGCUGCCUGCAGCUCAACUCGCGCAACUUCCUCACGGAGCAGGGCGCCGACGGCACGGGCCGCUUCCACGGCUCGGGUGGCCCGUUCGCCAUGCACCCCUACCCGUACCCGUGCUCGCGCCUGGCGGGCGCACAGUGCCAGGCGGCGGGCGGCCUGGGGGGCGGUGCGGCGCACGCCCUGCGGACCCACGGCUACUGCGCCGCCUAUGAGACACUGUAUGCGGCGGCGGGCGGCGGCGGCGCGAGCCCGGACUAUAACAGCUCCGAGUACGAGGGCCCGCUCAGCCCCCCGCUCUGUCUCAAUGGCAACUUCUCGCUCAAGCAGGACUCGUCGCCCGACCACGAGAAGAGCUACCACUAUUCUAUGCACUACUCGGCGCUGCCCGGCUCGCGGCCCACCGGCCACGGGCUGGUCUUCGGCUCGUCGGCUGUGCGCGGGGGCGUCCACUCGGAGAAUCUCUUGUCUUACGAUAUGCACCUUCACCACGACCGGGGCCCCAUGUACGAGGAGCUCAAUGCGUUUUUCCAUAACUGA